AUGGCUUCCUACCUCAAAGAAAAGAUCACCGGUGCUCCAUCCGAGGUCGACAGCGGCAACGCCGAUAAGUACUAUAUCCAAGUGGCCGCAGCAACCUCCUACGAUGACUCCAAGGCCAAACAAGUCAUCAUCAAUGGUGCUCCUACGGCACUGAGCAAGAACGCCAAAGUCGCUGUCCGGAUCAAGGAAUAUCAAGGUCUACCUCUGGGCUCUCCGGCAACUUCUCCGUACUUUGAGGAUCACGCACAUGUACACGAUACAUACAGUAUAGCCGUCUCCUGGAUCCCUGAAGAAGACAUUGACGCAGAUGACUUGGUCUGGGGCAUUGAACUCAUCAACCCAAUCCGCGAUCGCAUACCUGGGCGCUNNUUCAUUACCACCGCCUUCAACAUUGUCAAAGGCUUUGUGGACUCGAGUUUGAGAUGCGACCCCAAUGCAGACCGGCCCUGGUUGAAUGGGCCUGCGCUAUGCUCUACAGCGAUAACCUUCAGCAUUGGACCCAAAGGCACUUGCGAACUCCCAGCUAUACUUGCAGAAGGCGGGCUCUCCAAUGACUCUGCCAUACGCCAAAGCCACGAUAUCCCCACAUCCGAUUCACAACGCCGCAAACACUUUCUAGACGAGCAAAAACGCAAAGACUUUGUGUUUGAAAAGGGACGUUGUUAUGCAUUUGACUUCCACAACGGCUACAUUGACUGGAAGAACUACGCCUUGAAGCUCCCAGGUUUCUCAUUCGGAGUCUUAAAAUAUAUUAACGACAGAACACACACAACAAGAUUCGUGCUCAAGAGCCGUAAAACCGGAAAAGUGUUUGUGGUGACGACAUUCCGCUUACUGUAUGGCGAGGAACUGGAAAAGGCAAAGAAGACGAGUGCCGCUGCUGCUGGAGCACAAACAGGUGAGAGUGCAGAGGGACAAUCCCAGCACAUGGACACAGCUGAGGAUUCCCAAAAGGAGCCAACACGAAACGGAAGCCUCGAAAACUCGAGCGGCGAUCCGGAAACGCUGGGGCCGCUAAAGGGACCUGAGAUGGGACAUGUCGACAAGAAGAAACUGGUGCAACAACCGCUGCAAGGACCUGAGGAGCCUGAUACAACAACCUUGGAGGACGUUAGUAGAUCAGAGAGUGUUCCUAAUGGUGACUCGGAGAUACAGGCUCAGCAUGACAAGGAACAUCCUGCAGGCAAUGCAGCAGAACAGGUGAUAGCAGAGUCUGAAGAAAGAAGGAAGAGUGGGCAGCACGAGAGGUCGAUUGAUGGGAGUGCUUGA